UGUUAUUUUGACCCACAUUAAAUAUAGAGAGAUAUUGACCUUUACUGUGGUUAAAGUGGUAUAUAAUGAAUGAAGAGUUAGAUCUCUCUGAGAAUAAAAGGAAACAGUCAAAGACUGCAGUUCUUACAGAAGAGGAGAAAAAGGCACAUCACAUUGCUUCGGAGCAGAAGAGAAGAGAGAAUAUACGUUCUGAAUUUGACAGGAUCGUGAGCUUGACGCCCACCUUAACGUCACUGGAAAAUCGGUCGGAGUUAAACAUAUUGACAAAGUCCGCUGAUUAUAUUGAUAAAUUGAAAGAGGAAAAUGAAAAAUUGAUUGCCCUGUGCAGAGCACGAGGGAUUAGUGUACCCGAAGAGUUGAUCUACAAGGGUCCUAGCUCUCAAAUUUAAGUUUGUAAUAUAUGAUAAUGAAGAAA